GCUCCCGUAGCCAUUCCCUGUUGGUAACGUUAGUGGUUUGGUAGCGUGUUCCCUUUGUCUGCGACCAGGCAACUGCAUGAUCAGCCUGAAUGUAGGGACUAGAACGGGUCGUCUUCUUGAGCCAUCUGUUUACAGGCUGUUGCAUCAAGAGAAGAAAUCAAGGAUGGUUUUAGUGCAUGUUGGAUAUCUGGUUCUUCCCGUUUUUGGCUCAGUAAGAAAUAGAGGAUCCCAUUUUAACAGGCAUCAGCAGAGCCAUGCUACCUCUUGCCGGCAUUUCCACUUAGGCCCGCAGGCUCAGAUUCCCCUUGAUUUCCCCAUGCCCCAUCCAGGACAAUCUCAACCAGGCCUGGCCCCCCACCUGGCCCCAGGUCCCCACCAGCAGUCCCCUCAGCUACAUCAGCCUCUGAACCCCAUCCCCCCGCCUCCCCCUCCCCAGUUCCAAGACAUCCAAGGACCCCCCUUCCUACCUCAGGCCUUACACCAGCAAUACCUCAUCCAGCAGCAGCUUCUGGAGGCCCAGCACCGACGGAUCCUCCCACACACCAGGCACACCCAGGAGAGAGCACCCCAUCCCCCCCAGCCUCUGCGGACAGGGUACGACUACACCCCACCAUUGCACGUCCCACAGCCAAUGACCCAGCAGCCUCGCUACCUGGCCGAGGGAACAGACUGGGACCUGAGUGUGGACACGAGCCUGUCCCCCCACCAGUACCACAUCCCCCCGCUGCCCCAGCCCUACCAGCACUAUCUCACCUCCCCACGGCUGCACCACUUCCCCAGGAACACCUCCUCUGCCCAAGUAGUGGUUCAUGAGAUCAGAAACUACCCGUAUCCACAGCUUCACCUGUUGGCGCUGCAGAGCCUGAACCCCUCACGGCAUGCCUCCGCUGUGCGGGAGAGCUAUGAGGUGGAUGUGUUUCAUCAGGAGCUCCUGCAGUUAGAGGACAGACUGGGCAGCGUGAACAGAGGAGCUGUUCAGACCACUAUCGAGAGGUUUACAUUUCCUCACAAAUACAAAAAGAGAAGACCACAGGAGCUCAAACUAGGAAUGGAUGACGAAGAGUUGGACACAGAUGAAAAAUGCACAAUAUGUCUGUCCAUGCUGGAGGAUGGAGAGGAUGUGAGGAGAUUACCCUGCAUGCAUCUCUUUCACCAGGCCUGUGUGGACCAGUGGCUGGUCACCAGUAAAAAGUGCCCUAUCUGCAGGGUGGACAUUGAGACCCAGCUGACGCCUGACAGCUGAUGUCUCGUGUAGCUUUCUGUCUGUCAGCCCUGCCCCUCCCCCCUCUGUUCUUUCUCCCUCUCUGGGUGCUUUGCCAAAACCCUCACCAUCCUCAUCACCUCCAAUCUUGCCUUCUGAGCCAGCUGAAGACCAUUGGUGGGGAAAAACACAGGCCUGAAUAACGUGUCCGUCAGAAACCAUUAGUUGAAGAAAAAAAAUGUAAAAGAGGAUGGAUAGCAUGGAAAGAAGGAAGAAUCUAUCUGCAUGACGUAACAGUCAGAUAUAGGAAUCUCAGUCAAGUUGCCGAAGGAUUUGUGUUCCAUUUAGUCGUACAGAGAUUAACGUGUCAUUGGUCAAAAUGUCCCAGCAUGCAUCUGUAGUGUUGACAGAUUUGUACAGUGCAUAUACCUCCCAAUUUUCCCAGGCUGUUCCUUUCAAAAGAGAACCAAAAGCUGUAGCUCUCUGUCUGUCUCUAUCUCUCUCUCUCUGUCUCUCUCUCUUGCACUCUAUAUCUCUUUUUUUAAAUGUUAACUGUUAAACCAACAUGACACAUUUGCAAUGCUGCUGUUAUUUUGGAAUCUAGAAAUAGAUGAUCAUUUCUACAGUGUUGCAUUUGCUUGUGGUAAAUGGGAGUAGAGCCUAAUUAUUUCUAAUUUGAUGUAGAUGUACAGUACUUUGUGGUCACACCAUACCAUGGAAAGGAUAGGAGCUGAAGGAAACUAGGUACCAUUCAGGAGAUAGACGGUGAUUUUGACAUAAUUUCACAGGUUUCUAAAGUCAUUUCGAUUUUACAGUUAUAUUUUCCUCGACUGGGGAGGUGAUGGAUUCAUGUAAUGGUGUCCAUGGUGACCACACACACAGAGCUGAGGCGAGCCAAUCUGUCUUUUGUGCUUGUGAAAACCGAAACCGAAAAAAAGACUCCAAACGCAUGCAUAGUAGUGGGUCAGGGCUUUUGUGUUGUGAAUGUGAAAGGAAGGUGGGUCUUAGUGGUUGCAUCAGAACGGUUUGAAGAUCCUCCUUCCAAAAAGAAUAGAAAAAAACAAAAAAACAACAAAACAAAAAUAAGCAAAAAGCAUAAUGAAAUGAUAACAUUAAAUCACUGUUUCUGGGUGGGUGACUGCAUACAUAAUGGAGGACUGCGUCCUUGUUUGUAGCGUGAACAAACCAUGAGUGUUAAAUCCCCUUUUGUGAUCUACCAUACCUUGUUGCCUAGAGGACAAGCACAUGUGAUUUUAACAUAGCAACAACCUACUUCACCUGUAUUCGUUAGCACUGUCAGUGUCUGGUAUUGCUUGAACCUUUGUAUAGACCAUUAGCAGUGGAAACAGGUCCGAUCUGUAUUGUGCAUGACAGUUGUGCGUGCCGUUCUUGAAGUAGAUUUACAGUUAAAAAAAGGGAAAAAAAAGCCAUUUGUUUGAUAAAAACCAAACAUGUCUUUCUAAGCUAUUUUUGGUUCUUACUCUUUUGUUUGUAUGUUUGUUGUGAUUAAUUUUUGUUGUCUUUCUUUAAUCAUAGUUUCUUUGUUUCUUUUCCUGAUCAUUUUUGAUUAUGCCAACAUGGACACGAGACAGGUUUUAAAAUGUCCUAUGUCCAUUUUCAUCUUUUGUAUGACAUAGCUGCAAUGCUGGAAUAAUAUUUAUUGUUGUCUUAAUGUAGCUAGCUAUUGUUUUGUAAAUGCACUAUAAUAUGGGGUUGCCUAAUGUGACUGUGAGGGUUUUAUUUGUCCCUGCUGAUUUCUCUCUCUCUCCCUCUCUCUCUCUCUCUCUCUCUCUCUCUCUCUCUCUCUCUCUCUCUCUCUCUCUCUCUCUCUCUCUCUCUGCCCCUCUCUCUCUGAGCAGUGGUAGAAAUAACAUGCUUGAUGUGCUGCACAGCUGCAGGUUGCUUGGUCCUGAAACAAUGCGAAGUCGUAUUUAUCCUUGGCUUAAAAUUAACAAAGAUGAAUUAAUGUCAUCUGCCCAUUCACAUUUGUAUCCACCUCUUAUUAUAACUAUUUAUCAGCAUGUCUUCGUAACGUUGAAUAAAAACAACCUUUUUAUCAUUGUGCACUCUAGUGGACGGGCCCCAUGCUGGCCCCCAGAAACCCCCAGCUCUCAGACUAUGGUGUUGAAUUGUAACUUUGUUUCGGUGGGCAGCCAGGAGGCAUUUUGCGUAGGAUGUGACUGUGAUGGCAUUCUUUGUUCUUAGUAAGCGUCCAGUGUUAUUGACCUGCUAGCCUUUCCUGUGUGUAUGAAGUGUUGUGUCUGAAAGCCUCCCACUGCUCUCAUGUCAGCUGUAAGAGAAAAGGGUGCCGCGGCAUCCGCUUUGGAUCUCCAUGUUUUAAAAGGACAUAGUUUACACGGGACGUUGUGUGUUGAAAUGCCUUAAGUAUUUAACAAUCAUAAUUUAUUACUAACUAUAGACAUGAUGGGUGCAUUUUUUAGUUUUGUGUUUUAACCUGAUUAUUUAUUUAUUUAGACAUAGUAACACAUGUAAAAAUACCUCAUUAUGCAUAUCUUAAAUGGGAGUGCUUUGCAUGCAGUUGUAUUUUGAAGGCAUACAAAAUGGGUGUAUUGCCAUAUGUUUAUGUGUGGUGCUGUUGAUCUUGGUUACAUUCCAUUCAAUGCAACUUCUAAAAUUUCCUCUGCCAUGAGGUAGUUGUGGACAAACUGCAAAAUGGACUGGAAGUGUUUUGCAUGUCUCCUGUUUUUGCACUGUCAGCAUGGCCAAUCGUCUCGCUGGUCCUGGCUUAACAAUCCUUUGCUUUUCUGUGCUUUUGGUUUCUGGUUGUGUUUUCUCCUUAGUUUUGUUUGUUUUGCUUGAUUUCUUACCAAAUUUGUGAAACUACAAAGGUCUAUCCUUCUCCUCUGAGGAACUCUUUUUCUUUUGUGAUGAUUCAGUCACAUAUCAGUGGGCCAUCCUGCCUGGCUUGCCAUUAACUCGAUACUGUAGCCUAAAUGCUUACACAGCUGCUGUUGGCUGUCAUCGUGUCUCCUGUGGGAAGUGGUCUGUAGUAGGAGCUUUUACACUGAUGAGGAUUUUUAGAUGUACUACUAGCUGGGUGUUUCAUUGGAUAUGGUUGAGAGGCCAAAAAAUGCAUCCAUCAAUAAGUUAUACCAUUUCAAGUAGGGUUGGUUUCUCCGUUUGAUCUUCCUAGUUCAUGAUUAGUGUCCCUCUCAGAACUCUCUUCAUUCCUUAACAAAAGAGCAACUACCCCUUGCAGCAGUACAAGGAUCUGAUACAAACCGUCUCAUGUUUUUGUCAACAAAAGUGCAAGUGAUCAUUUGUGAAAGAUUUUGUUUCUUUUUCGCCACCGAGAAUAUGAAUGAAAGCCCUUUGUAUAAAGAAAUGGCUUUGUUUGCUUAUUUUCUCCACCAUACUUUUAGUAGUUCCAGUCAUCUAGGACAUUAUAUGGAAAUCAAAUUGAGGGAUUAAAAAAACAGAAACUGCUGCCUCUGUCCUUUCUCGCUACUGUCAGCUUAGUCUUGUAACCAAGUAUUGUGGGAAAUUUGCUGUGAAUCUUGGGGCUGUUCAAGUGAAAAAGCUGCAUGUUGACACUAGAUAGUACCGCUCGCUAAUGUGGAGCUAAACUAGCACUUUUAACUAACUGCAAAAUUGUCCCCAUUGAUAUCGAUCCGAAAGCUGAACCGUGAGCUUGUGGUUAAUGCCGAUGAUAAGACACUCUAUCCAACUAUAGGCUAUGGUUUUCCAACAUGGUUGCCCCCAAGCGUGGAGACCAGAGUCCCAACACAGGGUUCUGGUUCCUAGGGUUUUUAUCACCCAUAGUAGCCUUAGCAUCUCCUUUUCUCCCUGCCGUUGUUUCAGCGAUUAUUGGACAUGAGCAAUAGUGUUCUCAUCAUCCAUGAAGCAGAACGAACAGUAGAUCUUAAAGCACAAGCUAAUGCAUGUUUCUCUCAGGAUUAAAUGUUCACAUGGGAAUGGAUCGAUAUGUUCAAUAUUAUACCAUUUAAUAUUUCUGAUGUUUUUCUGCUGCUGACAAAAAAAGAAAAAGAAAAAAAUUGAAUAAUCUGCCAGUGGAAAGGGGCGUGGCUAUCUUUGUACAAGACACUGCUGUUUGCUGUAACUCCGCAAUGUUUUAUGAUCUGAAUAUUUUAUAGAUGAAGUAGAAUAUGUAUCAACAAUAUUGAAGCAAUAGCUAAAUGAUGAUCAUGUAUAAACUAGAUGAGUGUAUAUUACGUACAAAAAAAAAAUAGAUUCACUUUUGGUGGAUUUUGUACUGUAUUUAUUACUAAUGAUGCAAAAAGUUGCAUAGCUUAACCCAAACUGUUCUUUCUAUUUUAAUUUCUUGUCUUGUACAUGAUCUUUUUGUAUGUGUUUUUCAAAUAAAUUGCUUAAAAAACUAA